AUGUCAUUAGCUACCCAUUUUUCAGCAUUUGUUAUCCUUUUAACAGUUGGUAUUCAUCGUCUUCUUUGUUGCAUCUGCAAUUACCUCAAAAACCCAUCACUCUAUAGAUCAAAAACAUGGUAUUUCUCAGAACCCAGAUGGAAAAAUCUUGAUUUAUACUCCCUUUUAAUCAUUCUACCUAUUGCCUCUUUCUCUCAUGCAUUUCUGUUCUUAGCUUUCUCAGGGAACAAUGUAAUGUAUAAAUUCUCAUUCUUGCAGCAAUCUCUAGUCAUUUUCUUCUUCUGGGUGUUCUUGAUUCUUAUUGUUGUUAAAGAAAGUUUUGAUCUUUAUGCAAUUCUUGAUAGUUUGGUUUACAGUUUUGCUGGUGUUUGUUUUGCUGUUGAAUUCUUGAUGAAUGGGAAAGGACUUGUUGGUGUUAGUGGUGGUAUGUAUGGACAUUUGGGGGAAUUAGCAUUUGUUUGUGGUGGUUGUUGCUUGUGUUUAGCAGUAAAGCCAUCUUUGUUUUUUGUGGAGUUUUUGUUUUCCUGUGUACUUGUGUUGAAAGGGACUUGGGUUUUGCAAGUUGGGUUGUCGUUAUAUACUGAUAUGUUUUCACUAGAUGGAUGUGAGAAUCUUUUGGUGGGUUUAUCAAAGGGGAAAAAUGAUGUUAAAUGUGAUCUUGAGGAGAAUAAGUUGAGGGGAACAGCAUUGAUGAAUCUGUUGUUUAUAGUGCAUGCUGUUGUGGUGAUGAUCAUGAGUUUUGGGUUGUUUGCGUUGUUGAAUCGGGAUAAGAGAAUGAGAUGUGGCGAUACAAGUGGACCGUUGCUAACAGAGGUUGGAUCAGAGGGUGUGUUGAUGCGUCCGCUUCCUGAAUUAGAGUUAGAAUGA